GAACCUAAUAUUUUCAUUCACCUGCUCACUGAAGCGGUUCCCCGCCACAGCAAGACGCGUGGGGUAGGCCACGUGCGGGAGACAUCAUUGAAUUCUUGCUGUUGUUGUUGUUGAGUGAUUUGUUUACCCCGCCCUCAUGUCUGCCCUAUAAUAACUGCUCUGAGCUUAUUGCGGUGGCACAGCAGCAGUCUCCUCUGCCUCACAUGGAGCUCAGCGGCUCGACACAGCUGUUUCUCUGAAAAUGGAUGCCAACAUUGUUGUCAUGGGGACUGAAAGCGUCGGAAAAUCAGCGCUGACUGUGCGCCUCUUGACUCGGAGAUUCAUCGGAGAGUAUGGAGAUAUUGAAUCCAUCUACAGUCACAGUUUUAUGGACGAUGGGAGGGAAAUCACUCUAAAUAUUUGGGAUUCACCUUAUUCUGAGGAUUUGUCUAUGGAGACGUCACUCUUUGCGAAGAAGGUCCAGUGGGCGGACGGCUUUGUUCUCGUCUACAGCAUCUGCGACAGGGUCAGUUUCAACACCGUUAGCAGGCUCAUCCAGACAAUCAAGUCCACUAAAGACUACCUGAACUCAGACAAAGCGCCCAUAGUGAUUGUGGGAAAUAAGAGGGACCUGCACCACAGGCGGACAGUGCUGAGUGAGGAGGGCUGGCUGCUGGCUCUCAAAACAGACUGCCACUUCUACGAGGUGUCGGUGGCCGAGAACUAUCACAGCGUGCUCAUGGUGUUUCACGGGCUGGUGGACAGGAUGAAGGACACCAAGCUGACCAUGAAGAGGCCUCUGGGGUUCAAGGGCAUAGUGAAAAGCAUGUCCGCAGUUUUCGCCAGGAGACGGACAGACUCCUUUUAGUAAAGACCGUGACAGAAAAAUGAAUCUGCAUAACAGAGGCUACACAUUAUGUGUAUUUUACUGGAUGGAUAUCGCAGUCUGUGAGGGGAAAUAGUACCAGAUGUGUCACAUGUUAUUUUGCCAAAGGUAACAAUGAAGUCUGGUGGAGACACCCCAGGGACGGGAGCUGCAUUUUUAAAAUGUGUGGAAAGACUCCAGAGAAGAAAAAAGCCACCGGCUUCAGAAAACAUGGAGACAAAACAAAGCCAUAGAGGUUACAGAUGUAUUUUGGGGACAGAUUUUGAGGUUAAGCUACACAAGACCCAUGGAAUUAAUCUCUUUCAUUAUGCAGACACUUGACAUGUGAUAUACUAUUGUGUGCAGCAAGGUAUGCAAUACGUUUUAGCUAUAUACACCAGCUGUGGCUUCAGAUGUGAGGAAAUUCUAUGCAGUAAUUAAAUGUCCUUUACUUAUGAUGGUGAUCAAAGAUAAUGUCAAGUUUUGUAUUGCUGGAAAAAGUGACUGAAAAGUGUCCUACUCAAUCCUGUAAUUCAUUCUUGAAAAUAAAAACACACAUAUUCUUAUUUAUUCAACACUACAAAGCAAACAAACAAACAAAGUGCUUUCUAUAUUUAUGAACCUCUCCCAUGUUUAAUUCACUGAUUAUGGGUCAUGCACUGAAAUGUAUCGUUUGUCUAAAGCUUCUUUUAUGGCUUACAAGCAUUUCAAUAAAACAUCAAAGAUGUGCAAA